AGAAGUCAAGAGUGGCAAGUGUUCUCACUAAUUGCAUUGCCAUGAAGUUUAUGCUGACAUAACUGCCAGGAUGUGUGUACCUCUGGCGGUUUUUCUCAGCUCCAUUGUGCUUCGCUCUGUGUCAGCUGGAGGUGUGUAUUGUGCUAAAACAGCGAGAGCCCGUGCAGCUGCCUUGGGUUUGGAUUAUCCUGGAGUCCAUGGAGCCCCUGAUCUCUAUGGACCAAUUCAUCAUGGGAUGCAGCUCGACACAAUGCCGUUCAGACGUCACCCUUACAAUAACAAUGGGCGUGAGUUGGCUGAGACUGAACCUAACAUGGCCUCCUACGGAGAAAAUCAACCGGGAGUGAGAUCCCUAGACGACAGAAUACAUAAACAAGCUCACCCCAGGAGUUCUGAAUCUGCAUUUGUACUGAGCCACGGCUUUAACAGUCCAGUUCAAAGUGAAUACACCACCGACCAAGUGCUUAGACUUCCCAGAGGACAAUUACAUAUUAACCGCAAGUCCAAUCUUGAAGAGGUCAAGCACAUUGCCCCUCUAACUCUGGCUGAAGCCCCAGGCCCGUCUGACCUUGUGAAUUGGGAUCCUCAAGGUCGCAACAAACCACUCUCAUUUGUCUACAAUGAGCAUGACCUUGUUGUUGACGAGUCUGUCCCAAAUAGACGUGGCAUGUCUCUGAGAGGGCACCCCCCGCCCCAAAGCUGGGGUCAUGGCACCUACCGGAGGGGUCUAACUGGGUAUGGCCUGGGAAGAGAAGUUCCUGUCCUUGGUUCAUCCGCCUUCUCCAACAAAGACCACGUCAGAGCAAUGACUAGCCGAGGUCCUGCUGAUGGCAGACUGAGAAGGAUUAGUUUCCCUGGCCAUCUUGCUCAGCCCCUGCACAGACGCCUCAAUGUCAAACAGUUUGUUCAAGGUAACCCUGUUCUUAGACAUAUGACAAAACCACAAUCAGGUCUCGUUAGAAUAAGUCGGUGAGCUAAAAGGUUCUGACACAUAGCUUGACUGUCUUGUCAAAUAUUAUCCCUGUAAGGAGUUCUUAAAGUUAACAGGCAAGCAUUUCAGAAUCUAUUCUGAGUCUCUCUAACCUUUACUGAAAGGAGCAAUGUCCAGCUUAUCUGUGUACAAGCUUCUGUCCUCACCUGUAGCUCUAAAACAACUCCCAUCAUAUAAUAAACAAAACAUUAUAAAUGGUUAUAUUUA